GCAAGUCCUUUCGCGCGAAAAGAACUGUUUUUCGCCUCUGAUGCGAAUGAAACACAUACUUUGAAGUUUGAGAUACAGCACAGACUUAUCCAAAAUGGAGGAGAUGCAAAUCCAAGUUCGGACGCUUACUGGCGAAUCCACCCUCGUUAACCUCCCGGCCGACAAGGCCAUCGGUGACCUUAAGCUUGUAUUGAAAAACUCCUUUCCUCCUGCCUCUUCCUCUCCUAAUUUCCAUCUCUUUUUCAAGGGUGCUAAGACAAGCUUAAAUAGUAAAGUAAGCUCUCUCUGCAUUGAGCCGGGUGAGUUCUUUGUUUUGGUUCCAUUUACCAAAAAGGAGAGGCCUCAGACUGAAAGGUCUGGUUUUUCAGUACCUUCUGCUAACCCUUCCAAUCUAAGCACAACCUCCAGCUUUGCUGAUUCUGCAUACUCAGAUAUGAUGCAAGAGUUCUCAUCUUUACGUGAAGGAUCAAUCAAUAGCAGCGGAGAUAAUGAAGGGAGAGGAGGGACGAGAUCUGUUAAUAAUUCUACUGAGACUAAAAGAAAAGGGGAAGUAGAAGGAAAGGAUAAUGAUCUGCAUCCUUAUGAAUUUUUGUUGACUGUUUCACGUUUUCCUGAUGAGGAUAUAUUGGGGGAACAGAGUUGUCAAAAGUUUGUUGAGGUUUUGGGGUUGAUGAAUUGUUUGUCAAAUCCACAUUCUAGGCAAUGCAUGCUGUUAACAGAAGCCAACCUGCAUAUCAUCACUGACGGUGGACUGUAUACAAAAAACAGUGGUUCAUGCUUGUGUCCAGCAUGGUUGAAAAAAAUUAUGGAGGCAUUUGCUUUCUUAAGCAUUUUCUCUGCACUUCUUCAGUUGCGAAGAAAGAAAAUUACCUUACUUAGUUUGAGGGGAGUCCUAGAGCGGUUGGGGAAAUUUGGAAUUGAAGUUGCUAUGGAGGAUGUAGAGAAUCUUUCUAUUCUUUGUCCCAAGGUAAUAUGUUUUGUAAAUGAUGAAACAGAGCCUAAAGGUUUCAGUGGUGCACUUGUUAUAAUCCGUUCUUCAACAGAGGAAAGAAAUGAAAGUGAAGACAAAUACAGAACUGGUCAAAAGGGUGUAUCUCUUUCAAAGAUAGUCAGCACAAUGAAAAAGUGGGAAGUUUCGUUCAAAACUAGCUUGUGUGAGAGCAUUAAAUUGUUCAUGAGUAAUAACAAAAAUGUGAGUACAGUAUCCUUUUCCUUGGAGGAUUUGCUAAUAUUUGUAAAGGAAGGUGGUGCUGUUUUAAGAGGAAAUGAAGCAAAACGAAAGAAAAACUGGUCCACCGCCUCAAGUUCUCAUUCAGUCAAAAGACGAUGUUAUGAAAAAAAUCAAUUUCUAGCAGAAGAAAUGGUUGAGCAUCUCAGAAAUGGCAUUGGAUCUGAAGGACAGAUGGUUCAUGUUGAAACCAUUCAAGCAAGGAAAGCUACUUAUGUUGAAAUCCCAGAUGAACUUUUGGACAACACAAAAUCUGCUCUUAGAAGCAUUGGCAUUAGCAAAUUUUACAGCCACCAGGCAGAGUCAAUAUCAGCAUCACUCUCUGGGAAAAAUGUUGUUGUUGCAACAAUGACAUCUAGUGGGAAAUCUAUUUGCUAUAAUGUGCCAGUUUUGAAAGAAUUAUGCCAUAACCCAUCAUCAUGUGCUCUCUAUUUGUUUCCAACCAAGGCCUUAGCUCAAGAUCAAUUAAGAGCAUUGCUAUCUAUGAUUAGAGGAUUUGAUGCUAGCAUAAAUAUUGGGGUAUAUGAUGGUGACACUUCUCAGAAGGACAGGACUUUGCUACGUGGGAAUGCUAGACUGUUGAUCACAAAUCCUGAUAUGUUACACAUGUCAAUCUUGCCAUUACAUAGACAAUUUAGCCGGAUUUUAUCCAACCUUCGGUUUGUAGUGAUUGAUGAAGCUCAUACUUAUAAAGGAGCUUUUGGGUGCCAUACUGCUCUUAUACUAAGAAGACUUCGCAGGCUUUGUUCACAUGUAUACGGUGCUGAACCUUCAUUCAUCUUUUCCACUGCAACUUCUGCCAACCCUCGUGAGCAUUGUAUGGAGCUUGCAAGUCUCUCAACACUAGAGCUGAUUGAAAAUGAUGGAAGUCCUUCUUCUCAGAAGCUUUUCAUCCUCUGGAAUCCUUCUGUACAGAGAACUGUACCGGAUAAAAUUCAGAAUGCUAUGGAUACUGGUAAUGCUUCAGAUAAAAGUUUGAGUCCAAUUUCGGAAAUUUCAAACCUUUUUGCAGAAAUGGUUCAGCAUGGGCUUCGCUGCAUUGCUUUCUGUAGAUCGCGUAAACUUUGUGAGCUUGUUUUAUGUUAUACGCGUGAAAUUCUUAAAGAGACAGCUGCUCACCUUGUUGAUUCCAUAUGUGCAUAUCGUGGUGGCUAUGUUGCUGAGGAGCGGAGGAGGAUAGAGAGCGAUAUUUUUGGAGGAAAGCUUUGUGGUAUUGCUGCAACAAAUGCUCUUGAGUUGGGAAUAGACGUUGGACAUAUUGAUGUAACUCUACAUUUAGGCUUUCCUGGUAGUAUUGCAAGCCUAUGGCAACAGGCUGGGAGGUCUGGGAGAAGAGAAAGGUCAUCGCUUGCAGUGUAUGUUGCAUUUGAAGGGCCUCUUGAUCAGUACUUUAUGAAAUAUCCUGAGAAACUCUUCAGGGGUCCGAUUGAGUGUUGUCAUAUUGACGCACAAAAUGAGCAUGUGCUUGAACAGCAUCUGGUCUGUGCUGCUCUUGAACACCCACUUAAUUUGGUUCAUGAUGAGAAAUAUUUUGGCUCUGGUCUGAACAGUGCCAUAAUAUCUCUUAAAAAUAAAGGAUACAUUUGUUCGAAUCCUUCAGGUGACAGCUCAACUAAAAUAUGGAGCUACAUUGGACAAGAGAAAACACCAUCACGUGCAAUUAGCAUUCGAGCAAUAGAAGCAGAAAGAUACAAAGUAAUAGAGACACGAAGGGACGAAAUUCUUGAAGAAAUUGAGGAAAGCAAGGCUUUCUUCCAGGUGUAUGAAGGUGCUGUGUACAUGCACCAAGGAAGGACUUACCUGGUGAAGGACUUGGAUAUAUCCAAAAAAAUUGCUUUCUGUGAAGAAGCUGAUCUGAAGUACUACACAAAGACUCGUGACUACACAGAUAUUCAUAUUAUUGGUGGUAAAACUGCCUACCCAGCCAGGGUUUCAAAGGACCAUCACACACGAACAACAGCUCAAGCAAAUACUUGCAAGGUAACAACUACUUGGUUUGGUUUCCGUCGUAUAUGGAGAGGAAGCAACAUAGUCUUUGAUACGGUGGAUCUUUCCCUUCCUAGCUAUUCAUAUGAAUCACAGGCUGUUUGGAUUAGCGUUUCACAAUCUGUAAAAACAGAAGUGGAGAAAAAUUUUUUGUUCCGUGCAGGUCUGCAUGCCGCUUGUCAUGCACUUUUGCAUGUGGUACCAUUAUAUAUGAAGUGCAAUUCAUCUGACUUGGCUCCAGAGUGUCCAAACCCUUAUGAAGCUCGCUUCGUCCCUGAGAGAAUUCUUUUAUACGAUCAGCAUCCUGGAGGAACUGGUGUCUCAAAACAGAUCCAACCAUAUUUCACGGAGCUUUUAGGUUCAGCUUUGGAACUUCUAACAUGUUGCCGCUGCUCUGGGGACACUGGUUGUCCUAAUUGUGUUCAGAAUCUGGCUUGUGGUGAGUAUAACGAGCUCAUAAGCAAGGAUGCUGCUAUCAUGAUCAUAAAGGAUGUUCUGGAUGCUGAGAAAUCAUACUUUGAAGGACUGCAUGACUCCGAAUCUUGUAGCCAAUGAUUAAAAAGAAGAAAAAGAUUGUGACUGCGGUGGUGGCAGCAGCAGCGGCAGCGGGUUUGUGACACGUUUCUUCAACGUGCUUAGUAACAGGAAGGCCUGUCGGGGCGAGUUGUUGGGAACAUUGUAAUUUUGAGUAAGAGUAAUGUAGAAUUGUAGAUCCCAACAAGAAGGAUAAAUGGCAACCCGACCCAGCAAUUGUACGUAACAUGGAGCAACUGUAACCUGUUGAACCCGUCCAUGCUUAUAGCACCUAUAAAAUUUAUGCCUGUGU